AUGUAUCUCUGUUUAACGUUAGGCAGACCGAUCAUCCUUCCUAUCAUUAGAAACAAAAUUGCUAAAAAUUUCAGCACGAAUCAAAAACUCAUUGCAAUUCCAGGUUCGCGAUGGAGUAAUAAAGAACUUGAAUAUUUCAGAAUAGAAACUGUUAAUGUGGAAAAUUUCGAAAAAUUUUUUCAAGAAAGUCCUCCAAAGAUCGAAAAUUUAUCUGAUCAAGUAAAAGAAGUAUUAUCCGUAGAUCUAUCUAAAGUAGAUGUUUUAUCAAGUAUAGAUUGGAAAAAUCUAAAACAUGUACAAGCUUCUAGAGUUAUUAAAUUAAUACUAAUCGUGACAAGGACUCGUUCAACCACCGAAAGUGCUGUAGAUGAUCUUGCAAAAUCUACGCUUGAACUUUUUAAUUAUGAUGAUGUUGGAAAUGUGUGGAUCAAAACAUAUGCAAAACCUGAUAUGUUCAUAUCAUCUCAUCUUGUAAUCAAGUUGUUAGUACAAGCAGAUAAAAGUCAUAAAGAUUCCAAUCAAAUUACCGAUGCUGAAUCUCAAGUUAUUGCAGAAGCAAUUGCAUCAUUUCAGAGAAAUAGUAAAGUUAAUUCACAUUUAGAAGCACAGUUGAUCCCCUGUAUAACACUUCUUAGAACAUAUCCCACGUUCUAUUUAUUUAAAGUGACUAAGAUGUUAUCGGAAUGUGUAAAAAUAGGAAACCGCCCUGAGGAAAAAACUAUAGUUAAAAAAUAUGACAUUUCGGCAGAAAUAGAACCCUAUCUUUUGAGAGAUGCAAUGCUGAUACAGAAAUAUAGGCAACAUGUCAUGAA